CUUUGCGUGCGUCUCAGGCAGCGCGCACGCCGGCGUGAGAGGGCACGGGGGAAAAGGUGGCUCUGGCCCGGGCGGCUCGGCUUCCUGUGGCUAUGUAGCUGAUCCCGUCUGUUUGGGGUCCUCCUGCCGUCGCCGCGUCGUAACGCGGAGUUUCUGCUCGGGAAAGAGUCUGGCCUCGCGCUCGCCGCGCUCUCUCGACGGCACAGCUGGCUCGCUCGCCCGUGGGAGCGUCCCGGCCGAGCAGCCCUGAGGGGGGAGGGGAGGCCAUUUUGUCCCGACCGACUCCCCGGAACCGGGCAGAGCGGCUGGGAGAGGCUGCGGAGCCGCGGUCGCCGCCCUCGGAGGCACCGGACGCCACCACCGUCGGUGCUUCCUCGGCGAGGCCGUUCGUAGGUCGCCCGCGCCCUCUCGAGUCCUCCUUUUUCCCACGCUUCCCCAGUCCUCCGGCCUGAGAACGCCCGGGUGAGGAGUUGGCCACAGUGAGAAGGACCGAUCCCUUGGGGCCGCCGGCGGCGAGCGCCUGAGCCGCUCCUCCCAAUGGCGAAGAAGACGUACGACCUGCUUUUCAAGCUGCUCCUGAUCGGGGACUCGGGAGUGGGGAAGACCUGCGUCCUUUUUCGUUUUUCGGAUGAUGCCUUCAAUACCACCUUUAUUUCCACCAUAGGAAUAGACUUUAAGAUCAAAACAGUUGAAUUACAAGGAAAGAAGAUCAAGCUACAGAUAUGGGAUACGGCAGGCCAGGAGCGAUUUCACACCAUCACAACCUCCUACUACAGAGGAGCAAUGGGUAUCAUGCUAGUAUAUGACAUCACCAAUGGCAAAAGUUUUGAAAACAUCAGCAAAUGGCUUAGAAACAUAGAUGAGCAUGCCAAUGAAGAUGUGGAAAGAAUGUUACUAGGAAACAAGUGUGAUAUGGAUGAUAAAAGAGUUGUACCUAAAGGAAAAGGAGAACAGAUUGCAAAGGAGCAUGGGAUUAGAUUUUUUGAGACUAGUGCAAAAGCAAAUAUAAACAUCGAAAAGGCCUUUCUCACAUUAGCUGAAGAUAUCCUUCGAAAGACCCCCGUAAAAGAGCCCAACAGUGAAAAUGUAGAUAUCAGCAGUGGAGGCGGCGUGACGGGCUGGAAGAGCAAAUGCUGCUGAGGUCCUCCUGUUCCAUCAGUUGCCAUCCACCACCCUGUUUUCUCUUGCUGCAAAAUAAACCACUCUGUCCAUUUUUAACUCUAAAUAGAUAUUUUUGUUCCUCAUCUUAACUAUCCACUUCACCUAUUUUAUUUGUUUUCAUCUGUGACUGCUUGCUGACUUUAUAAUUUUCUUUAAACAAAAAAAAAAGUGUAUAGAAAAAUCAUGUCUGUGACUUCAUUUUUAAAUGUACUUAAAUGUACUUGCUCAGCUCACCACUGCAUUUCCAUUGUAUUAUAGUCCAGUUCUUAUCAACAUUAAAACUUAUAGCAAUCAUUUCAACUCUAUUCUGCAAAUUGUAUAAGAAUAAAAGUUAGAAUUAACAAUUUUAUUUUGUACAACAGUGGAAUUUUCUGUCAUGGAGAAUGUGCUUGAGUCCCUUUAAUCUAUAGACAUGUAAUAGUGAAAAAAACAAACAAAAGCCAGGAAAACACUCAUUUUCGCCUUGAAUAUGUAAAUGGGAUUAAUUUUGUCCUGUGCCUUAUGUGGAAAGGAACUUUGGUUUUUCCCUUUUUUUUUUUUUUUUGUUUGGUUUUGUUUUGAUGGAAGCAUGUGCAGGAGACAUCCAAACAUAAACUUUAUCAUUAAAAUGUUUAUAGUUAGCUUGGCUGUAAUUUUCCAAGUAGUUGAGGACAAAGGAUAGCGCAGAAGUGACAGCUCUGGUUUGCUGAGACUCAUUUUAAGUGGCCUUAAUGUUUUAAAACUAUUCCUGCCACUGGUUCUUGUUCUUGGCCACUUUCUCCUUGUGUGUGUGUUUUUUUGUUGUUUUUUUUUUGGUCUUCCUGCAUGCUGCUUUAUUUGCUUUUCCCUCCCCACCACCUCGUGGUAUGAGUUAUUUUUAAAUGGAAGGGGCAAACUGGUAGGUUUGUCGAAUUUAACAUAAAGAACUGAUUUAACUUGCUAAGUAAACUGAAAGAAAAUUCUAACUGUCUACUAUUCAAAUGUCAGUUACUUGUGUCUUCCCCUCAUUUUGCCUCUACCCUAAAAUCUCCGCCCCAGAUCCCUUCAUCUGCUGUUUGACUUCAUGCUCCUCUUCUCCUUCCCUCUUCGUUCCCUUAGCCAUUGCGUUUAUGAAAUGGAGGAGUCAUUGCAUGCACUAGUGUUUGGAGGGUGUCGUGGUUUGUCUUUCUGAUUAGGUAUAUAGCCUAUUCACUUUCCUAGAGUAAAUCUUGAACCUGAAGUUGGGUAGCCUCUGUUUUGGCACCUCCCCUAGCAGUUUGGUAGCCCAGUAAAGGUUGUUGGAAAAAAGGGGGGAAAGAGGAGUCAAAUUUAACAUGUUUGCCAAAUAUAUUGAGAUUUGGCCUUCGAAGAACACUUUUUCAGUGUUAGUUCUCUUUACCUUAAGAUUUAGAAAUACCUUAGUGUAUUAUUAAUUUUAAGUCCUCUCACAUCCCUUUGGAGAACUUGUAUUAAUUACCAUGGAUUCAGAAAAAGGACAACAAAAGGCUUUUCAUGUAAGAUAAGAUCUCUAGCCAUCUCAACCCUGUCCUUUUUUUUUUUUUCCACUUCAUUUUUCUAGUUUUGCUUCAUUGCUUAUGAUUAGGGUAGGGUAGUUAAGUUUGCUACGCUGCUAGCAUCCUAAGAUGAUACCUUUGUUGAAAUAAUUGUGAAUAGCAUGAUUCAUUUCUAGCAGAGGCUGAGUUUAGGACAGCAGCUUCCUUUGAAAAGUCUUUCUGUGUUGUGGACAGCAUUUUAAUGCCCUCUUGGCUCACAUAAACAAGUAGGGACGUAUCUGCUACGAAUGCCCGCGAGUUUUUUCAGAUGGUGCCCUAAAGGCAGUGUAUAUGCCUCACUGGUGGUCGUUCCUAGCUUUUUCCCCCCCUCACUUGACUUUAUCAUUGUUUACUACUAGUAAAAGCAGCAUUGCCAAAUAAUCCCUAAUUUUCCACUAAAAAAAUAAUGAAAUGAUGUUAGGCUUCUUGAAAAGUUUUAAGGUUAAACCUAUGUUGUUAAUUAAUUUUGGUGUGUUUGUUGCUUCCCCUUAUCUGGAAUGUGACAGGUUUUUUUAUUUUUAAUCUUGACUCAUUCAAUUCAGUCAGUGACUUAAGGUUUGAGAGCUAAGCACUGAGAUUUUUUGGGUAACAGACUGACAGUUUUGUUCGCAUAAUUAUAAUCGGCAUUGUACAUAGAAAGGAUAUGGCUACCUUUUGUUAAAUCUGCACUUUCUAAAUAUCAAAAAAAGGGAAAUGGAGUAUAAAUCAAUUUUUGUAUAACCUGUUUGAAACAUGAGUUUUAUUUGCUUAAUAUUAGGGCUUUGCCCCUUUUUCUGUCUCUUGGGAUCCUGUGUAGAAGCUGUUCUUUCUCAUUAAAUACCAAACAGUUAAGUCCAUUCUCUGGUACUAGCUACAAAUUCGGUUUCAUAUUCUACUUAACAAUUUAAAUAAACUGAAAUAUUUCUAGAUGGUCUACUUCUGUUCAUAUAAAAACAAAACUUGAUUUCCAAC